AUGAUUAUUGCUGGUUUUACUGGCCAAUUAAAAGGUUGGUGGGAUAAUUAUUUGACCCAGGAACAGCGUAGUAAUAUAUUGAAUGCUGUAAAACGGGAAGGAACUUCUCAAGAACCAGUUAUAGUUCCAAAUGCUGUCUAUUCAUUAGUUAUUAAUAUUAUAGAGCAUUUUUCAGGAAGAUGGUCGGAUAAUAAUGAAACCAUUAGGACUAUGCUUCAGAAUUUAAGAUGCCAAACCCUUACCUCAUUUAGGUGGUAUAAGGAUGAAGGUUUAGCCUUAUGUAAUGAGAUCAAGCUAAAUCAGCAAAUUAAGAGACAUGGUCUGAAUGAGAGACAACAAUUAGGAGAAUUUUGUGGACAAUUUGGUAUGAAUAUUCCACAAACUAAGGCACCUCAUAGGCGCAAGAAAAAGAAGAAAGAUUUCCAAGCAUGGAAAGAAAAACGCUUGCAAAAGAAAGCAAGACGGAAAAAAGAAUUCAAGAAAAGAAAGGAUUAUGUUAAAUCCAAAAAUCCAAAAGCCUGCUAUAAGUGUGGCAGAGUUGGUCAUUUUUACAAGAAUUAUAAAGUCAAGGAGAAAAUUAAGAACCUUGACAUUGAUGAUGACCUAAAAGAGUCUUUAUACAAGAUUUUAUUAAAUUCAGAACCAGAAGAUUCUGAUUUUGAGUUUGAUAAUUCGGAGGACUCUUCAUCAAAUGAAGAUCCUAGCUAG